AGUGAGCAAACAUCGGGACUCCAUUCCAGGCUGUCAGUAGUGAGGGUUCCCUGAGCCUCGCAUCCUCAACAGCUGCUGUCUGCCUCCGAUAACUUUACCCUGCUUUACAAACAGAAACAACUUGACCAUGAGCGGGGAUCAUGGACGCGGAGACACUCAGGUCAAUUCUGGAUCUAAAGGAACAGACUCUCACAAACAUAAAGACAAGCACAAAGACAAGGAGCACAGACACAAGGAUCACAAGAAAGACAAGGAGCGAGAGAAAUUCAAGUACAGCAACAGCGAACAUAAGGAGCACUCUGAGAAGAAACACAGAGACAAAGAAAAGCUGAAGCACGGAGACGGCAGCUCAGACAAGCACAGAGAAAAACACAAAGAGAAGGACAGGGACAAAGAGAAGAGGAGAGAGGAGAAGAUUCAUUCAUCCCAUUCAGACAAGCCUAAAAAGGAGAAGGAAAAUGGAUAUGCAAGAGACACAAGUCCUGCACCCAUUAAGAGCGAGCCCGAAGAAGACAACGGCUUCUACCCCUCCCCACAUCACUACAAGACCUCCAAACGGGAGUACGAUGAUGAAGAAUUUGAGUACAAGCCAAAAAAGGUCAAGGUGGAACACGACAAAAAGGCAAAGAAGAGGAAACAUGAGUACGAAGAAGACGCGGAGGAUGAGGACGUAAAGCACAAAAAGAAGACAAAAGACAAAAAGGGAACAGAGGGAAAGAAGGCCAAGAAAGAAGAAGAGGAGAAGUGGAAAUGGUGGGAGGAGGAGAGAUACACUGAUGGCUCCAAAUGGCGUUUCCUUGAGCAUAAGGGGCCAGUGUUUGCGCCACCGUACGAACCCUUGCCUAGCAAAGUCAAAUUUUACUAUGAUGGUAAGCCUAUGAAACUUAGCGCUCCUGCAGAGGAGGUAGCCACUUUUUUUUCCAAGAUGUUGGAUCAUGAGUACAGCACUAAGGAUAUCUUUAGGAAGAACUUCUUCAAGGACUGGAGGAAGGAAAUGACAUCAGAAGAGAAGUCUCUGAUCACUGACAUGAAUAAGUGCAACUUCAGUGACAUGAAUGAGUACUUCAAGGCCCAAUCAGAAGCUCGGAAACAGAUGUCGAAAGAGGAGAAACAGAAAAUCAAAGAGGAAAACGAGCGGCUCCUCCAGGAGUACGGUUUCUGCAUCAUGGACAACCACAAGGAGAGGAUUGGAAAUUUCCGCAUCGAGCCGCCGGGGCUGUUCCGGGGACGAGGCGACCACCCGAAGAUGGGCAUGCUGAAACGCCGCAUCAGACCCGAGGACAUCAUUAUUAACUGUAGCAAGGAUUCCAAGCACCCUAAACCUCCCCCGGGGACAAAAUGGAAGGAGGUUCGCCAUGACAACAAGGUGACCUGGUUAGCAUCUUGGACAGAGAACAUCCAGGGCUCCAUCAAAUACAUCAUGUUGAACCCUAGCUCCAGGAUCAAGGGGGAGAAGGACUGGCAGAAGUACGAGACUGCGCGGCGUUUGAAAAAGUGUGUGGACCGCAUACGUAAUCAGUACAGAGACGACUGGAAGUCGAAAGAGAUGAGGAUCAGACAGAGAGCUGUGGCGCUGUAUUUCAUAGACAAGCUGGCACUGAGGGCGGGUAACGAAAAGGAGGAAGGUGAGACAGCGGACACCGUCGGCUGCUGCUCUCUGCGGGUCGAGCACAUCAAGCUGUACCCCAAGAUGGACGACCAGGAGUACGUGGUGGAGUUUGACUUCCUGGGAAAAGACUCCAUCCGUUACUACAACAAGAUCCCCGUGGAGAAAAGGGUCUUUAAAAACCUCCAGUUGUUUUUGGAAAACAAGCAGCCUGAAGACGACCUCUUUGACCGACUGAAUACUUCUAUUCUGAAUAAGCACUUACAGGAGCUGAUGGAUGGACUAACAGCCAAGGUUUUCCGAACCUACAACGCCUCCAUCACUCUGCAGCAGCAGCUCAAGGAGCUCACCUGCCCUGAUGACAGCAUCCCAGCUAAGAUCCUGUCAUACAACCGAGCCAACCGGGCAGUGGCCAUUCUUUGUAAUCACCAGAGAGCUCCUCCCAAAACAUUUGAGAAGUCCAUGCAAACCCUCCAGACCAAGAUUGACGACAAACAAAAUCAACUCUCUGCAGCCAGGAAGCAGCUGAAGGCCGCCAAAGCCGAUCACAAGGCUUCCCACGAUGACAAGAGCAAAAAGGCAGUGGAGGUGAAGCGUAAAGCUGUGCAGAGGAUAGAGGAGCAGCUGAUGAAGCUCCAGGUCCAGGCCACAGACAGAGAGGAGAACAAGCAGAUUGCUCUGGGCACCUCUAAGCUCAACUACCUGGAUCCACGCAUCUCUGUUGCAUGGUGCAAGAAGUGGGGCGUUCCCAUUGAGAAGAUCUACAACAAAACGCAGAGAGAGAAGUUCGCCUGGGCGAUCGACAUGGCGGAAAAGGACUACGAGUUUUAAACAUACGUAACAUCUGAUCUUUUCUAUGCCUUCGAUUAUAAAGAUGGUUUGUAGUUAUUGUCAAAUGAUUCCACUGUGUGGUUACUGCAGGGCUGUGAAAGACAAAGACUUAACUGAAGCUGUGACCACAGGUUAAUAAUCAUUCUGUGUGUACAUACCUGUAGAUCGGUUGAGUAUGGGAAAAUAAGUCAUGAACUAUUUGACUAAAGUGGCCAAAAGGGCACCUCUCUUUUAGGAAAUUUUACAGUAGUGUGUAUGUAGCUGCAGCUGUCCGCUGGUCCCACAAUUAUGAACACGUGAGUAUUACCUUUUGUCCAAUGAAAUGUACUGAAGUUUGUAAGCCAUCAGAUUUAUGGAGGAAUUCUAUAUUCUCAUAGAAUAACGAAUUAACAGACGUUUUUAUGGGAGACUGUGAGAAACAACAGGAGAGAGGCAGUAAUAGGAUGAAUUUCAAUUUGCGCCAGUUUAGUGUGAAAGAUUGGUACAACAAAACGAGUCUGACGGAGUGAUGACAGCGUGAUCACAUGAUUAUUAUUAGCUCACAGAAUGUCAUCGUUUUCCAUUUAGUUUGCAGUUUAUUUCAGGGAUGUACAUAUUUUUGCCAUUUUUCAGUAAGUGUAUAAUUAAGUGUUUUAUAAAAUGCGUGCUGUAUGCGUCGUCAACGGAAAGCUCUUCAUUGCUCAUAUGCAACUUUUAUGUGUGUGUCUGUGUGCGCGCGCGCGUGUGUGUUGCUCCUCUGUUUUAUAAUAACAAUGAAUCAAUGAAUGAACAAGGCCUAAUGCUGAUCUAGGUUACUUGAAACGACUGAAAGUACAACAUGAUGUUUUGCGUGCCAGAGCUAAAAGGCACUUUUUCUUCUGACGGAGGGGUGUGGAUUUUUGCCAAAAAAAUAUCACUGUCACUGUAGUGUGCUGUUUUCGUAUUGCUGUGAUAAAGCAGAGAGUGUCUUUGAAUCCAUUUCCCAAUGUGAACAGAUAUUCAUACUUUUUGUCGUCAAUAUUUCUUGCUACCUGAACGUUUAUCACACAUUCCGACUGGCUUAUUGUUUUGAGCUUUGUAGUUUUCAGAAUAAAACAUCAACCUU